AGAGACCCAAAAAAAGAGAAGCGUGCAGCCACCAGCUUGUCCUGGCACCCAGUUGAUAAUCAUAAACUAGCUGUGGCCUACUCUUGUGUGGAAUUUCAAAGAGGACCCAAAAACAUGAGCUCUGACUCCUAUAUAUGGAACAUUGAAAACAACAAACAGCCGGAGAUGACCCUGAAAUCCGUAUCCCCUCUUGUUUGUCUAGAGUACAACCUCAAAAAUAUUAGCAUCCUUAUUGGGGGAAGCUACAAUGGACAGAUUGGCUAUUGGGACACACGGAGUGGCAGCCAACCAGUACAGAUAUCCGCUAUUGAACAUAGCCAUAAAGAUCCUGUCUACAAAGUCAUCUGGCUGCAGACAAAGAUAGGCACUGAAGCUUUUUCAGCUUCUACAGAUGGUCAGGUACUGUUCUGGGACAUUCGUAAUAUGAGUGAGCCCACAAAGCAGCUAAUUUUGGACCCCGCUAAGAGCAAAAACCUUAACAAUGCAUUUGGUGCAUUCUCAAUGGAGUUUGACAACACUAUGCCCAAAUUUUUAGUGGGCACAGAACAGGGGCUUGUGGUCUUGUGCAAUCGCAAGUUAGAGACCACAGAUGAGCCGAUUGUUUGCACAUACAGCGGUCACCUUGGCCCAGUUUACGCCGUGCAGAGGAACCCCUUCUUCCCAAAGUACUUCUUGACUGUGGCUGACUGGACGGCCCGCAUCUGGUCAGAGGACAUCAGAUUGUCUUCCAUCAUGUCGACCAAAUACCACACAAGCCAUCUGAUGGAUGGCUGUUGGAGUCCAGUCAGACCCGCUGUCUUCUUUACAGUGAAGAUGGACGGCACCUUGGAUGUGUGGGACAUAUUGCUUAAACAAAAGGACCCGGUUCUCAGUCUCAAAGUUUGUGACGAAACUCUGUACAGUAUCCGUGUAAAAAAUGACAGCCCUUUGAUGUGCUGUGGUUCUCAGUUGGGAACAGUCACGCUGCUGAAGAUGUCACCAAACCUGUGCACCCUGCAGAGUAAUGAGAAGGGACUUGUCUCAGAGAUGUUUGAACGUGAGACCAAAAGAGAGAAGAUUCUUGAAGCUUUUUACAAAGAAAGGAAUCAAAUGAAACAGAGCUGCCCUAAAGAGGAGGAGGAUGGAAGAGCAGAAUUACAGGAACUGCUGGCUGAAACAGAGACUGAGUUUUUUGAGGCUAUUAAUGUAGAGAAGAAGAAAAUACAAGUUGAUGAGAAAUAACAGGAAAACAGUGUGUCAAGGAAUCCAUGAAUAACACUUCUUCUAAACAUGCCAAAAAAGGAGCAUCUUCCACUUGCAAAUAGAGUUUAAAAUAUUUCUAUCUAAAGUUAAUU